UUACUGUCCUGUUCUGUUGAACAUGGUGUUCGCUGUUGAGUAUUGACAAGUAGUAGACCCAUACGAUAUAAAAUGUUAUCAAGAUUGGCUCUCCGCAAUGCUCAGUUACUGUCUAUGUCUGUGCGUGGAGGAAUACAAUGUGCUUCGUCAGUAGCAACACAGCCAACUCGACCUAAACGUUUGAUUGAUCCAUCUCCAGUUAGACAUGGAUUUAUACCUGAAGAGUGGUUUCAAGCUUUCUAUUCAAAAACUGGUGCAUCAGGACCGUACGUAUUUGCUUUAAGUGUGGGCUCUUAUCUAGUUUCCAAAGAAAUUUAUAUCUUGGAACAUGAAUAUUAUAAUGGAUUAUCUAUGUUCAUAAUAUGUGUAGCAAGUGUAAAAUUAUUUGGCCCAAAACUUGCUCAGUUUUUGGAUAAAGAAAUAGAUAAAUACGAUGAUGAACUUAAUGAAACUAGAAACAGCGAAAUACGGGAAUAUGAAGAUCUAAUUUCACAUGAGAAGAAAGAACAGUCAAGUUUGGAUGGACAGAAAAUGAUAAUAGACAUUAAGAAAGAAAACGUUAAGAUGCAUCUGGAAGCAACUUACAGAGAACGUAUGGUGCACGUCUAUCAAGAGGUGAAGAAGCGUCUUGACUAUCAAUUACAAAUACAAAAUCUCGAACGUCGAAUUGGACAAAAACAUAUGGUGCAAUGGAUUGUAAAUGGAGUAUUAAAGUCUAUUACUCCUGAACAAGAGAAAGCGACUCUUAACCAAUGCAUUAAAGAUCUUGAAGCUCUUGCUGCGAAAGUGUAAAAAGUUAUAAUUAAAUUAGAUGAAUGUAAAAUAGAAUUAAGAUGGUACGAUAAAGAACGAUUGUGCCAUCGAACAUACUGCAUUUCAUGCAGUCUACUAAAUAUUAUUUUCGAAGAAUAGUCAAAAGAUUAUGAAUGAAUAAACUUCAUGUUGCAAUGGUAAA